UCGACAGAAUUUCAUCAUGACUACUGGUCUAAGGCAGCUUCUAGGCUUGGCCUUGGCCACCAUCAGCUUUGUGGGGAACAUCAUCAUCUGUGCUCUCCCACAGUGGAGAGCCACUGAAUUAUUGUAUGAAGUGGAUCCCUUUGAAUCCAACGUCACUGUGUCUCAGAUGUUCUUUGAGGGUUUAUGGAAGUUCUGUGUAACAACCUCCAGUGUACUCCUGACUCGGUGCAAAAGGUAUGAGGAAAUACGUGUGUCUAUAAGUCCAGACCUGAAGGUUGCCAGAGUGCUCAUCGUCAUUAUCAUUGGUGUCUUUGGGAUCCUGCUUGGUGCUGCUGGGAGCAAAUUCAUCAACUUUGUGUCAGACGAAAGGAAAAGGAGCAAAAUGGCAAUGGCUUCUGGAGUUGUUUGCCUCAUUGCAGGCAUCUUUGUGCUAAUACCAGUUUGCUGGACCACCACCACCAUCCAGAAUAAUUUCAACAACUUACUGCCUCAUGUCUCUCUGAAGAUUGAACUGGGAACCUCUCUUUAUAUUGGCUGGAUCACCACAGCGCUUCUGUUUCUGGGAGGAGGCCUCCUCUCCAGCUCCUUUAUCUGCAGGGAUGAAACUGACUAA